UGCCCAGCGCGUCGCCCUCCCCCUCCCUCCGGCGCUCCCGCUCACCCUGCAGCUGCUCGGGGGGCACCGCAUCUCCGAGGCUCCCGACCUGCUGCGGCGAGGGGUGGGGGAGAGAAGGUUGCUGCAUUCUUGGCUAUGAUUGUGGGACACACCAUCAGUUCACAAGUCCAGAAUGACUGUGGUCACUGGCCCAGCUGCUGCCCCAGCAAAGAACAAGACUCCCUUGAGGUGCCGACAUUGAGCGCUGCAUCUGUGUCUCCCCCAGAACCUCUGAGCCUCACCUCAGAAUCCUGCAAAGCCAGCAAGGAUGGACCCCUCAACAGGAGGGCCAUCUCUCCUUGGAGCUAUGAGUUGGACAGGGACUUGAACCGGGUCCCCCAGGAUCUGUACCAUGCACGAUGUCUGUGCCGACACUGUGUCAGCCUACAGAAGGGCUCCCACAUGGGCCUAAUGGGCAACUCAGUACCACUCUACCACAACCAGACCGUCUUCUACCGGCGGCCAUGCCACGGACAGCAAGGUUGCCAUCAUGGCUACUGCCUGGAGCGCAGGCUCUACCGUGUUUCCUUGGCUUGUGUUUGUGUGCGGCCCAGUGUAAUGCCUUACUCACGCUUGCCACUUUCCUGAGGCUGACACCUUGCCGCACUGGCCAGGACACUCAUGCUCAAGCCCUCCAGAGCCCUACCUGAAGCACCAGAGUCCUGGGACAGGAUGGAGAACUUGAGAGAAACCCUGACUUUUGCACUUUUUGAAAGAACUUUUGGGAAGGAGCAGUUUCAGUUUGUGGCUGCUGGAAGAUGCUGUGUUGGCAUUCCCUCUCAGAAAAGGUCUCCAAA